AUGCUGACUCUUCUGCCCGCCGAACAGAGCUAUCUUUACGAUGGCCUCUGCUCGACUCCCCCCGUGCGGCCUGAUCUGCGGGAGGCGUACCAGUUCCGCCCCCUCGAGGCCAAAACCGACUUCUUGCCGCUGCUGAAUGGGCUGGCACGGAUCAGAGCCGUCGACGGCCUGGAGUGCAUCGUGCUGGUGAAACUGAAGGUGGAGCCGUUGCUGGACCUGUUUAUCGAGGUGGCUGUGGACGUUGCUGGCUACCGUGACGACCUGAACUUCGUGCUGAAUCUCCAAUACAGCCUCACGCUGCUCUUGACGGCAAACUUCCCCCGCGACCGGCUCGUGCUCACGAAGAAGUACAUGUUCAAGCUCUACGUCGACUGCGUGGUGAUCUCGCACACCCUGUACCCGCUCAGUCUUAUGAGUUUGGCCAUCUACCUUGCCCUCAAAUCGACGCGAUUACCUUUGCUCAUCAGUUCCACCGACGACGACGAGAUCGCCGAGCUCCCCACUUUCAGUGAUGACUGGGACUUAGCCCGCCCCAUUGCCGACGAUUUGUCGCCGCCGUUAUACGUUGUCGUCGGCGUCGUCGGCACCAACCUUGUGUUUGAUCCCCUGUCCCAGGAGGAACAGGUGUUGGAGAACGGCUUAGUGCUUUCGUACUACAACGGCAACGUCAUCACCCCCAUCACCAACGUCAACUUGCUGUCGCAGUCGUCGUUGGCGAAAUUCAAAGGGGUGCUGGCAGCCACGGUGGCCAAGGGGAUCGCCAUGGUGUCUCAGUACUGUGGUGAGAUCGUGUCGGCGUUAGACGCGCUUGUGUUGUCAGAUGACUCGACCUCCAUCUUCUGA